AAUUUUUCAUAUGGUAAUGGGUAACUAAUGAAAAAGAUUAAAAAUAAUACUGCAUCGUGACAUUUUUAUGACAAUUAAGCAAAUUUCCCUCAAUUUCUCAUCGUAGGCUCUAUUCAGAUGUUUUAUUUUGGAGGUUUUUGCUCUAUAAAUACAUAAUUUAAAUAAUAUACCAUUUAUUUUUUAUUAUUAAGAGUGAGCAUUUGUUUUGCAUGGUUUAUGAAAAUUGAACUAAUUGUUGUGAAAAAAAGAAAAAACUUAAUGGUCACAAAGUUUUUUUUUUUUUUUUUUUUUUUUUUUUUUGAUUUUGGAGAUGAAAUUUGACUGGGACAGAACUUGUUUUAAUAUUUUAUUAAAUUCACCUCUGACGUUGUGAAUGGCCCUACUGCAACCACUGUCAAAAAAAGAAAAGAAAUAUAAAAUCUUCUUGCACCGCUCACCGUAGUAGCCUAAUAAUGACAUAAAUUACCAUGGAAUUUUACUAAAGUAUUUUUUACUUUAUUUUUAUUGUUUCAGCUUUUUAACUAUUUAGGUUAAUGUUUCUUCGCACAAUAAUUUCUCUGACCUCUAGUGGCCGCGCGUUCGUUUCCAUAGCAGCAGAUAAACUAAACGGUCUCCAUUCCUAUGGAUGGAAGCAGCAUUAUCUCUGACUAAACACAUUUUCAGUAAUAUGUCACUUGUCUAAUUUUCGACGGAUAGGAGUUCCUGCAUCUAUUUGGUUGUUUAUUUUCACUUUUGCGAAGGAGUGGAUGAAGCAAAUGGAUAACCACAGACGAAAGGUCCAAACAAGCACAACCACUGGACAUGUGUAUUUGCAGCCUUCUCCGUUUUAUUUAAAAACAUGCAAGAAUGCCCCUCUUCCUCCAGUCCUCCAGCGUCAGAACAGAGUCCCGGCCUCUGCUCACUUCUCUCUCACCUCACACUCUGAGCAUGACAGAAAGCCACUAAAUGGACCUCUGUAUAAUGAAAUCCACUCUAAAGCCCCUCCACACUGGACCACACACUUCCUCAGUGAGCUGGCCCAGAGGUUGAGAUAUCUCAGAGACCAUCCAACAGUGCGAAUGGUCUCUAACCCCAUCAGUGAAAUGCAGGACCAGUACAGAGGUCAGUUAGCAGCAUGUGAACCUCUUGGUGAACACUAUAGCAAGAUACAGGCACUGUACAGACAGCUGGAAACGACUCAGGCGUUCAUGCAAGAACCAGUCCGCAGCACAACCAAGACCGACUUCAAGCGCUUUCACAGGUCAGAUUUGUCUUCUCGCUCUGUCCUGGAUGCUGCUACCUUUAAUGGAAAACUUACCAAGAGCGGGGCUCACAGCCGACUUCCUGCUCACAAAGCUCCAUCCACUUUAUCAUGUCAACCCCGGCUGCCUCGCCCACCUCUGCCUUUGCCCCACAGGGGCAAAAGCAGUCUGUAUAUGGACAGUUUUACGGUACCUGUGCCUCCCCCAACAUCGCAAGCUGCUGAUAUUGCACAAAGCGGGAUGAAAUGGGAAGAAAAUGGUGGUAGAGGUCUGUUACUGGACGUUUUAGGUGUUCCUAAAAUGUAUAGUACUGAAAAUCAGACUUAUGGAACAAAUAAGAUGUCUUUGGUAUAAGAAAAGAGUUUGAUUUCAGUUCGGCUGUAAUUGAUCUGAACUUCAAAAAUGGUGUCAUCAAUAUUUCUGUUCUUUUGUCAUUCAGAGGGUCUGUAAUAAAUGGAGAAUGAAACAUGUUAGAAGUGAUUGGUGGAAACAUUAUUGAUUUAUUGAUCUGGAGUGUGUGGCUUUUGUGGGUAUGUAUUCUUUAUCCUUAAAGGGAUCAUUCGCUCAAAAAUGAAAAUUCAAGAUUAUAGGAAGUAUGCUAAAAAUCCUGGAGGAAAAAAAAAUGCAAGUAAAGAGGGAAGACCAGGGAGAGGCAUAAAUAUUGCUGAGGAGGCAGCUGGCUGCACACCCAGACAACCCAAGAGGGUUGAACAGUAAUGCAUGCUUAAACACUCUCAUGAAGAGAGACAAAAACAAAACAGAGAGUGUGGUAAUGGGAAAAAUAUGUAGAAUUGAGAAGAAUAUCGCAAUUUAGUCCAAAUUUUGUCCCACCCAGUUUCUUCCACCUACUUGCUCUUGCGACAUCUCACUCUCCUCCCCCAGCUCUGCCUCCGGCAAUGUGCCAGAGAGAGAGAGAGAGAGAGAGCAUGACUGAUUUAAGGCCAUAUAUGGCAGCUAGAUGAAUAGAAAAAUUAAGGAACAGGUGAAGGCAAAGAUUAUGAAGCGGAGGAGGCUAGAUUUAUCUUUUAGAGAACUAUUAAAAGCAGAUAAAAUGGGUGAGGGAUAUUUAAUGGUCAUUAAUAACAUAAACAUUAUUGACCAUGUCUAGACACCUAUGACCUCUUAUUGUCCUCAGGUAGUAUUUUGAUUUGAAUAUUCUAAUCUAGCCUAUAAUAUUUGAUGCAAGCUAUGUCAGAAGUUUCCGAAUGUUAGUGUGUCCCUUCAGGAUAUAUAUAUAUAUAUAUAUUCAGUAUCUGCCUACUUUGCCCUGCUUGCAUUAUUUGAUUUUCUUGGAUGUUGAAUCUGUUUAUGCAGAAUUCUGAGACCUGGCCUGGUGCUUGUCCUAAUUGGUGUAGCUUUGUUGUCUCUCUCACACAGAGACACAAAUUGCACCAUACUGUAUUUUGGAACAUCCAUAAGAAGGAGACAUAUUUGUACAGAGUGACUGGAGAUCAGGGUUACAGAUUUAUACCGGUAAUUUACUUGUGUAAUAUUUCACAUAAGCGCAUUUUUAAACAUUUUAAGUGCUCUAAGUAGCUAGCUAGCUAGCAACAUGGAUUGUAAACUUAAUCGAUUAAUCUUCAUUAAUAACCCUU